AUGAAAAAAGAGUUUAUACCAAAAUGUUUAAAUAGUCCUGGAAUUCAUACAGAAAAAAGUUCAAAAAGCUGUAAUUAUAAAUAUGAUCCAUAUUCACGUCCAUUGCCUUCAGAUUUUUUUAAUAUUGGACAUCCAGAACCACCUUAUGCUAGUUCUUUUCUUAAUAGAAAUAACGGUAAUGUUUCAAAUAUGCAUCAAUUUCAACCUGUCGAAAAUUGUUCUAUAAACUAUAAUUAUCAAAAUUUUGUAAAGAAUACAAAACCAUCUUUAUCUAAUAGAUUUUCAACAAUAACAUCAUAUGAACCUCAUCAUCUUGGAAUUUAUGAUCCUUUUAAUAUGACAACUCCAUGGAAUUUUAAUUUACCAACAAUAGGUUAUCAAAUUCCAGUUUCAUCGAUUUAUAGUCAAUGUACAACAAUGAAUCAACAUCAAAAAUGGAAAACUCCAAAAAUUGAAUCAGCUACGUUAAAAAACAAUCCUAACUUCAAUUCUCAAUAUGAUGCUAAGAUGUUAAGAGUAGCAACGACUUCUUCUAAAAUUGAUAAAGAAACAGUUAUUAAUAUUAUGUUUAGAAGAACUUCUCGUGAGAAACACAUGAUUGCUGUUCAAUAUUAUAAUCUCUAUAACGAAACAUUAGCUUUAAGAUUUAAAACUAAAAUUAAAGGAAAACUUUAUAAAGUUUUAAAACUAGUUAUGGAAUGUGAGAUUCAAAGAAAUGUAAAAGAUUUACAUAAAGCUUUUGAAAAAGAAACAAUUGAUAAUGCCGUAAUAAUAGAAAUUUUUUGUGGUAAGAAUAAACAAUAUAUUAUAGAAUUAAAAGAAUUAUUCAAAGAAAAAUAUGGAAAAUCUAUAAGAGAUAUAAUUCGUGAAAGAACUGACAGUGGUUAUCAAAGAUUUUUAAUUGGUUUGAUAAAAGGAGAACGUGAUCAAGAACCAAUAAAUAUUAAUCUUGUUGAAGAAGAUGUUUCACGGUUGUAUAAUGGUGGAAAAGGUAUUCAUAAAUUAGAAGAUGAAAAAUUUUUCUUAGACAUUCUAUAUAAACGUAGCUUUGAACAUAUAAAUUUAGUUAUCAAUAGAUAUCAAAAUUCUAUUCAUAAAGACAUUAUUCGAAUUAUCAAAGAAUGGUUUUAUGGAGAUUUAAAAGAUAUGCUUUUAAUGUUUUUUGAUUAUGUAAAUUCAUCGAGUUACUACUUUUCAAAAUUACUUAAAAAUUAUUUAGAAGAUUUCGAAGAUCAUGAAGAAGAAAUUAUUAGAAUUCUUUUGAAUAGAGCAGAAAUUGAUUUAGAAACAAUUCAACAAGAAUUUAAUGAAAACAAUCCAAAAACACUUGAACAUCUACUAGCAACAUCUUCAAUUGGAUCACUAAGGCAAAUCUUUUUGACAAUGCUUGGGCACGGCAUUGAUGAUUAA